GUUCCUGAUGCCAACCAAAAAAAUAAAAAAAAAACUACUAAUUUUCUAAUUAAUAUUUUUAUAUGUAUUUUUCAAGAAUUAAACAUUAAAAAAUUAUACAAAAACAUUUGUGUGUGGUUAAUAGGUUCGGAAAACUAGGAGUAAGUUUUAAAAAAUAUACUGAAUAAAAUAAAAUAAAAAAGUAUUAAAACAGAAAGAAGAAAAAUAUUUUCAAAUAAUUGCUUUUUAUAUUUCUCUAGUGGUUGAGAAUUGUUUUCAUAUUUUCAGUAACCAAGCAGUCCCGAAGUUGCUGUUUCCUCUGCUCUACAGCUUUGGAGUUCGUAUUCAAACCAAAGAUUUUCAACUGCAAAGACCAAAACCAUCAUCAACAACAACAACCAAGAAAAUGGCAGAGAAACUGGGCUCCCGAGAAACGUCACAGCUUCCUUCAUGCCGGUACCUUGUCGCUCCAUCAAUCACUUGAACUUUAGUUUUUCCUUAUCCUUGGUGUGGAGGGAAAAAAUCCCCUCCAAUAAGAAUAUUCCACGUUAUCACAGAUGUAAAUCUAUCUGCCAAAGGCCCGUCAUGCUCAAACCCAAAUUGAGUGUAUUUUUAGCCCAAGACCACUGUUAUCUGUCUUCCAACCUCCAUCAAGGCCGAAUCAAAAGGUCAUCAGUCCAACUUUUUAAUAUUUAACAUCCGGCCCGUUAUUCAAGCCCAGCCGGAUCAAAGUAUGUUCAGCCCAGUUAUUCAAGAAUGCACAAGUCCUACCAGUUGAAGGAUUUACCAUAGAAGGAAAAUUCUGAGAUAAGAAGUUCUGUACAAGGCAAGUUCUAUGCAUGGAAAAUUAGACAAUGGAAAGAACUCUAUUAGUAAAGAAUGUUUAUAUAGAAAGAAUUGGAGGACAAGCAACGCGAGUCCUACCAUAAUUCUAUAAUCUUUUGUAUAUAAAUGGAGGCUUAGACCUCCAAUAAAGAGAUCAAGCAAUUCUACGCUUCUCUAUAUACUGUUCUUGUUUAUUUUUAUUGUUUGUUGAGUGAGUUGUUUUAUUUCUCUUAAUCAUUAUUGGUUGGGUGAAAUUUUGCACCUACACUUUAGCGCCGUCUGUGGGAAUCGUAUAGAAAUAUAUCCCCACCAAAGUUACGACACUUCAAAUUAAAAUCUCCAAAUCCAGCAACGUGACUUGAAAUUAAAAUCUUCAAGUCCAGGAUUUGAACCCAAGUCCUCUCCAAUAACGACUUUCAUGGCCAAAAGUCACGUUGAUGAAUACGCUUUCGGACAAUAAUGCGUACCAAAGCUGAUGAAUGGAAAACCCAAGAGGCAUCACAUGUGUUUGCCCUGCAAUCAGAUGUCCAUCGGAGUCCACAAAGCCUUAAGUUAAUCAGAUAAGUGUUUUGAUUUUGAUUUCCUGUUAAUUUUGAUUAUAUAUAUAUAAUCUUGAGCAACAAAUCCAUGCAUAAUUAUUGUUCAUACUAAUCUGAACUCAAGAUUAUUAAGUCGAGUUGAUCUUCAGAACUCGAGUCUGUAACUUGACCAUCAGGUUAAUAGAAAAAAUAAUUUUGAAAAAAAAAAUAAAUAAGUUCAUGUUUUUGAAGAAACUUGAAUUAGCUGGAACACUUUUUCCGGCAAUUUCUUGCUGCUUUUGGCCCCAAUUUCUGGGAAUCCCAACUUAUAAAACUCUGCAAAGAAUUAGAAAAUCGAUUAGGGUUGGGAAGAAUUGAUAUAACUGAAAUUCUUGGCGAUUUGCCUAAAAUUCAGAAGCUUACUUUCUAUGCAUUUUUUGUGAAGUUUGUGGCAGCAAUGUUUGAUUAUUUGACAGCACUAGACUGCGUGACAUGACAUUGGAUCAACUUCGAAUUAUGCUAAUGAUAAGUUUAACAUUACAAGAGAAUUGAUAUGUUUUCGAGCAUCAUCAAGAGCAGAAACAAUGUGGGUGGACUGAAGAGCCGAUUAAUUGGCAAUCAUGAGGAGAUCAUACACUCGGCAAUGGACCCCAAAUCCAAAGUCGGAGACAUGCUCGAUCUCUGAGAUGGAGUCGCUGGCGGUCCGGAUCUCACGUCAGGUGUGUCAUCGUUCUCAUAAUCGGACGUGCUGGAACGGGUGGAGGCAAGGGUGGAUCGGGCAGAGACCGAUUCGGGAUCCAAAUGAAAUCGAUUCAUGGAUAAGAUCUGAUAAAACUCCUUCUGAAGUCAUUUCAUAGCGAUUUGUAUAAGGUUUUAGGCUCGCACAAGCAUGUCGAAGGUUGAGAUCGGCCAAUUUUCAUAACAACCCCCAGUUGUACAAGCCGCCAUUGCCACAGCGGCCUAGACCGUCACCACCAGCCAAGUCCGCCGAAUGCACCGACGAGAAGUCACAGCCGCUUCCUCAUGACCGUACCGGAGUUCAUCCCAGCCGAACCACCCGUCUUCCACAAGCUCGCCGGCUAUCCUCAUCAGCGCCGGCUGCAUCCUCACCAAGCUCGCAGAUCUGUCUCGCCGGUGGUUUUCACCUCACCAGCCGUCCAUCUCUACCGCGAGCUUGCCGACCAACUUCAUCCUCGUCAAGCCGUCGCCCACAGGCCGAACAGCCCGCCGUCCAUCACAACUUCUCCUUGCUCGCCUCCUUUGUUAAUUACAAACUUGUAUCAGUUUAUAUAUAUAUAUAUAUAGCCUAAUGGUCACUGUUUGGGUGCAAAUGUAAAGCUAUUCUAGUUUUGGAUUAGUCCAGAACUAAACCCGCUUGGUAACCUUAUUUGAGAACUGGUUCUGUGGUAACCCAGUUCGGGAAAAAAAAAAUUAUAUUGCCGAUUUGAAUUGGGGACUCAUUUUGGAGCAUUCAAAGCUUCGUCUUCCGAGAUAGCUUGGUCUUCCAAGAACCGAAGAAAUCAGGCUCUUAGGUCGGCAAAGUUCUUCCCAGCAUUCCAUUUUUCAAGGCUAACGGUGAAAUAAAGGCUUUCAGAAAAUUUUUAAAGAUCGGUUGCCGCUCAAUGCCACAAAAUUUAGCAGACUCAUCAGCCGGGCAUUUCAAACAUCCCAGGCCUUAUCAGACGCGAAUCUCUCUAAUCAGAUAAGUUUCCCAACUUUAAUUUUACAGUUAAGAUUAAGCUUUUCGUGCUAAAAAUCUUUAUUAAAAAUUAAAUACAUAUUAAAUAUAUAUAUAUAUAUAUAUAUAUAUAUAUAUAUAUAUAUAUUUACGCAUGCUCAUUAUACAUAAAGAUUUAUGACUCGGCUCAAAUUGCAUAUUCAGUAUACUCUAUUGAGUAAAAUAUAAAAAAGAGACCACCUGAAUUUCUGUCUCUGUCAACACUCAACAAAUUCUUUAAUCUCUUUUUCUUCGAUUAUAAUCCUCUACGGAUUCAUCCAUCUCUCCCUCAUCGAGGAUUUUUAGCAUUGCAAUUUUAGUUUUAUCCACUAGUUGUUUUGCUCACGAUUCACUUUGAUCAAAAUUUUAGAUUAUAUCCAUUCGUUGUUCACUGAAGGUUGAUAAUUGGUCAAAACCUUAGGACCACAAUACUUAAUAUUGUUGGUUCAGACUCUUCAGAGAGAUGCACUACUUCAUCACUACUCAACUAAAAGAAGAUUUUGAUCCUCUACAUUGACUUCUGAAAUUUAUACUUGAAUGAAGAUCAGAGGCCAAAGGCAUUGUUGAAUGCACAAGUUAUACUAUUUUGUCUGUUGCUCGAAAUCCUAAAAUAUUACAUACAUUGAAUAAUUUCAAUGUACUUGAUAAACAAAAACGAGUAAAUACUUGUUGCUAAUUAGAAUUUCUGAUACAUAAGAAGUUCUUAAAAUUCUUUCUUUCCUUUAUCAGUUGCUAUAUGCUACGUGUAAUCAUUUUACAUGCUUCUGGUAACUUUAUUUAUGAAUAACUUUGUAUUUACUCCGUAUUCGUAUGCUAAUUAAUAUUUGGGUUGAUUUCUUUUCUGUGCAUUGCAAGACAGAUUGAUCCCCAAGUGUAGUGGCGAAUAGAUCAACUAUGCAGCUAUGCUAUAUAUGGCCUCAAAACGGCAAAAAAAAAAAAAAAAAAAAAAAAAACCCUCGAACCUCAAGAGUUCGACGGCAUCAAAAACUCUCAAGGCACAAAGCCGAGGGACAACAAAGUCUCGGACCUCAGGAGUCCGUAGGCACCAAAAAACAAAAUUUCCUCUAAGGCACACAGAACUGUUAUCUUCGGACCUCAAGAGUCCGCAGAUUUCAAAAUUCCUCUAAGGAAUAAUAUUCAUCUUCGGAUCUCAAGAGUCCGCAGAUUUCAAACUUCCUCUAAGGCACACAGAGCUGCCGAGGAAUAAAAUUCAUCUUUGUACCUCAAGAGUCUGCAGAUUUCAAACUUCCUCUAAGGCACACAGAACUGCCGAGGAAUAAAAUUUAUCUUCGGACCUCAAGAGUCCGCAGAUUUCAAAAUUCCUCUAAGGAAUAAAAUUCAUCUUCGGACCUCAAGAGUCCGCAAAUUUCAAACUUCCUCUAAGGCCUACAGAACUGCCGAGGAAUAAAAUUUAUCUUCGGACCUCAAGAGUCCGCAGAUUUCAAAAUUCCUCUAAGGAAUAAAAUUCAUCUUCGGACCUCUAGAGUCCGUAGAUUUCAAACUUCCUCUAAGGCACACAGAGCUGCCGAGGAAUAAAAUUUAUCUUCGGACCUCAAGAGUUCGCAGAUUUCAAACUUCCUCUAAGCACACACAGCUGCCGAGGAAUAAAAUUCAUCUUCAAGAGUCCAAGGAUUUCAAAAUUCCUCUAACGCAUAAUGAGCUGCAACGAGGAAUAAAAUUUCAUGAAAGUUACCUCAAAUACGUCUAAAGUUAAUUUUUCAUGAAAAAAUUCUCUAAGGUACAAAACAGUGCCGAUUAAAAAUUACAUGAAAAUUACCUCGAACUCAAAUACGUCGAAGGUUAAAUUUUCAUUUAAACUCCUCCAAAGCACAAAGAGUGCCGAUGCGUAUAGUUACAUGAAAAUUAUCUACAUCGCCGCCAUCAAACAAGACAUAUUUUUCUUUCCUUCAUAGGGGCAAUACCUUCCAUAAUGGGGGCAAUAUAAGCAGCCCUAAAGGGAUAUUAAAAAAAGAAAACAUAUUCUCUCUUUUUUAAGCCCAGAUUAUUUGGCCUAAAUACAGUUCCUCUCAGGUUCAGAGCCGAGGAACUUACUACCUCGGACCUCAAGAGUCCGAUACAUUACAGUUCCUCUCAGGCCAAUAGCCAAGAAACUUAGUACCUCGGACCUCAAGAGUCCGAUACUUUACAGUUCCUCUCAGCUCAUAGCCGAGGAACUUAUUACCUCGGAUCUCGAGAGUCCGAUAAAUUAUAGUUCCUCUCAGCUCAUAGCCGAGGAACUUAUUACCUCGGACCUCGAGAAUCCGAUACAUUACAGUUUCUCUCAGCUCAUAGCCGAGGAACUUAUUACCUCGGACCUCCAGAGUCUAGUACAUUACAGUUCUUCCCAGGCUUAUGGCCGAGGAACUUAGUACCUCAGACCUCGAGAGUCCAGUAAAUUACAGUUUCUCUCAGGCUUAUGGCCGAGGAACUACAUGCCUCGGACCUCCAGAGUCCGGUACAUUACAGUUCCUCUCAGACUCAUGGCCGAGGAACUACACGCUUCGGACCUCAAGCAUCCGGUACAAAACUGUUCUUCUUAGGCUCAUGGCCGAGAAAUAAACAUUCGCCUUCAGACCUCAGGAGUCCGAGUACCUCAAAGUUUCUUUAAGGCACAAAAGUGCCGCAAAACAACAUGACAUGAAAAUUACCUCGAACUCAAAGAAAUCGACGGUUAAAGUUUUCAUAUCAAAUCCUCUGAAGCACAGAGUAGUGUCGAGGGUAUAAAUUACCUCGGAAUGCUAAUCAGGAAAGUUGAAGCUAAUUGUUCAAGAAAAACACUAUGUUGAUCUCCAGGAUGAUCAUUAAAAAUGAUCACCAUCAUUAUUCAUUAAGGCUAGUCACCCAAGCUAAUCGCCAAGAGUGAUCAUCGUCAAUCUGAAAAAAUAAAAGCGCCAAUAGCUUGAACAGAAGAAGGCUCAACAUAAGACGCCACCUCUGAGCAUGGGGGAACCUCAACUACAACCUCCUCAGAAGCCUUGAUUUUGGAUCUUCGUAUUUUCCAAGAAGAUAAAUAUAAGUCACUGCCUUCAAGGCAUACUGUCUCAAUUUUUCAAUUUCCUCUAGUUAUGACUGUCACGUCAAACUAAAGGGAAUUGGGGGCAAAGUGUGGAGGGAAAAAAUCCCCUCCAAUAAGAAUAUUCCACGUUAUCACAGAUGUAAAUCUAUCUGCCAAAGGCCCGUCAUGCUCAAACCCAAAUUGAGUGUAUUUUUAGCCCAAGACCACUGUUAUCUGUCUUCCAACCUCCAUCAAGGCCGAAUCAAAAGGUCAUCAGUCCAACUUUUUAAUAUUUAACAUCCGGCCCAUUAUUCAAGCCCAGCCGGAUCAAAGUAUGUUCAGCCCAGUUAUUCAAGAAUGCACAAGUCCUACCAGUUGAAGGAUUUACCAUAGAAGGAAAAUUCUGAGAUAAGAAGUUCUGUACAAGGCAAGUUCUAUGCAUGGAAAAUUAGACAAUGGAAAGAACUCUAUUAGUAAAGAAUGUUUAUAUAGAAAGAAUUGGAGGACAAGCAACGCGAGUCCUACCAUAAUUCUACAAUCUUUUGUAUAUAAAUAGAGGCUUAGACCUCCAAUAAAGAGAUCAAGCAAUUCUACGCUUCUCUAUAUACUGUUCUUGUUUAUUUUUAUUGUUUGUUGAGUGAGUUGUUUUAUUUCUCUUAAUCAUUAUUGGUUGGGUGAAAUUUUGCACCUACACUUGGGAUCUUCAGUCUUCCUUUUCAAAAUUUCCAUGGUUCCAUUAGUCAAUUUGUGGCAAGUGAUUCUACUUUUGCUGAUUUUGUAAAUGAUUAAGCUGAAUCUAGACACCCUUUUGUUAUCACCAUAGACUUCAAGAGAGUGCUUUCUUGGCCAAAGGAGCCAUUAAGUGUUUUAUCUUUGAAGAUUGAUAGUGGUUGUACUUGUGUCAAUGCUAGUGAAGAAAAUGAAUUAUUGUAAUCGUCAUUGGGUAUCUGGCUACAUUGUAUACUUUUGAAAAAUUCUACCAUCAGAGUUGACUUCAUUGACCACAAUUCGUAUAUAUAAAUGUGUGGUUUGCGUAAAAUGAUAUCAGAAAUCACAACUUCUUAACUAAAAUGGAGCUUCUGAACUUGGGCUUAAUCAUGUCAAGGUCAGUUGUCAAUGUUUCCAUCUAUGUUAUAAUUUUAUGUUGCAUAAUCUUGCUGCAUUCAGGCUUUCCUGUCACCAUGGCUAUUUCUAGACUCGGAGGGAAUGAAACAGACACGCAUUACUCGCAUUCAAGGCCAAAAUAAUGAAGGAUCCCCUCCAGGCGCUCAGCUCAUGGAACGAGUCAGUUCACUUCUGUAAGUGGCAUGGUGUUACAUGCGGUCACCGACACCAGAGAGUAACCAUGUUGGAGUUGCAGUGGGACCUAUUUCUCCAUACAUAGGAAAUUUGAGCUUUCUUAGAAAACUAGAUCUCCAGAACAAUACCUUCAAUCAUGUCAUCCCUCCAGAAGUUGGUCGAUUGAAAAAACUGCAGUACUUGGGGCUGAACAAUAAUUCUAUUGAAGGUGAAAUUCCAGCCAAAAUUUCUGGUUGCUCUGCCCUUAUUUUCUUUUCUGUUUUUUGCAACAGUCUGGUGGUAAAAUUCCUGCGGAGCUUGGCUCCUUGUCAAAACUUGAAGUAAUUUAUGCUGAUAAUAACAAUCUAGUGGGAGGUAGCCCUCCUACUUUAGGGAAUUUAUCAUCCCUUCGGGAAUUUUAUGUAACCAUAAAUAAUUUAGUAGGGAGCAUUCCGGAUGCUCUAUGCAGAUUGUCAAACCUUACUGAUGUGGGAAUGGGUGGGAAUGGGUUCUCUGGUGAGAUCCCUCCUUCACUUUUUAAUCACUCCUCUCUUGAGUAUUGAUGUGUCAAGCAACCAAAUUCAAGGGAGCCUUCCCUUGAGCUUUGGCAUCACAAUCUCAAACCUUCAAUUCCUUCGCCGUGAACCAAUUCUUCGGUUCCAUUCCUGUUUCAAUUUCAAAUGCAACAAAUCUAGAAUUCCUUAUGGCUGGUGCAAACAAGCUCACAGGAAAAGUUCCUACUCUCGAAAAGCUGCGCAAACUUCAGCGGUUUGUAGUUUACUCCAAUAAGCUUGGAAGUGGGGAAGCCGAUGACUUGAGCUAUCUAUCCUCUUUGACCAAUGCCACCAGCUUGGAGACCUUGUAUCUGGGAGACAACAAUUUCGGAGGGAAGUUGCUCGAGUCCAUUGGCAAUCUCUCAACUAAGCUUAUUAGAUUGUCUUUAGUGUACAAUCAUAUAAUUGGUGACAUUCCAACAGGUAUAUUGAAUCUUGUUAACCUGGAGAUCUUAAAUAUGAAAGCCAAUCAAUUUACAGGUAACAUUCCCCAUGACAUUGGUAGACUUCAAAAGCUACAACACUUAGCUUUUGUAGAAAACAAGUUGUCAGGAAAUAUCCCGUCUUCUAUUGGAAAUUUAACUUUUUUAACCAAUGUUUGGUUAAAUGAAAACAAUCUCAGUGGCAACAUCCCUUCUAGUCUUGGGAAAUGCCAACAAUUGCUAUUAUUGCAUCUUGGUCAAAACCACCUCAGUGGUACAAUACCACAACAGAUUUUUGGUCUCUCCUCAUUAUCAAUAGGUCUAGACCUUUCCGGAAACCACUUAGUUGGCUCUCUUCCCACGGAAGUUGGAAAUUUGAAAAAUAUUGGUUACUUGGAUGUUUCUGACAAUGAGUUAUUCGGCCAAGUUCCUGACUCUCUUGGUAGCUGUAUAACAUUGGAAAUCCUACUUUUGCACAAAUUUUUUUUUAAUGGGACCAUUCCCUCAUCUUUGAGAUCUUUGAGAGGUAUUGUAACUUUAGAUCUAUCGCAGAACAACUUCUCUGGUGAAAUUCCAGACUAUUUGGAGGGAUUUGAGGUUUUGCAGCAUUUGAAUCUAUCUUUUAAUGAUUUGGAGGGCACGGUACCAAGAAAAGGCAUCUUUCAGAAUGCAAGUGCAAUUUCAGUCACAGGAAAUAGUAAGCUAUGCGGUGGUAUACCUGAACUAAAGCUACCUGUAUGCAAAUCCAAAGGAUCUAGAAAAAAGAGUUCAGCUGUUUCCUUAAAAUUAGUAAUCACUAUAUCUUGCGGGCUUGUGGGACUAAUUUUGCUGUUGUUUGUUCUAUAUUUUUUCUGGUCUAGAAAGACAAAAAAGGUUCCCUCUUCAGGUUCACAAGCAAAUUCACUCCUAAAAGUGUCUUAUCAAAGUCUCCUUCAAGCUACUGAUAGGUUCUCUGUAGCCAAUUUGAUUGUUAUGGGUAGUUUUGGGUCCGAUUAUAAAGGAAUCCUUGAUCAGGAUGGAUCCAUUAUUGCCGUGAAGGUACUUAACCUUGCACACCAUGGGGCUUCCAAGAGUUUCUUAGCUGAGUGUGAGGCUUUGAGAAACAUCAGGCAUCGAAAUCUUCUGAAGGUGAUAACUGCAUGUUCAAGUAUUGAUCAUCAAGGUAAUGACUUAAAGGCCUUAGUUUAUGAGUUCAUGGAAAAAGGCAGUCUAGAGGAGUGGUUGCACCCAAAUCCAACUGAAGAUUUCACACAUGAGGUGCCCAAGAAGUUAAACUUUCUUCAGAGAUUGAAUAUUGCUAUCGAUAUGGCUUGUGCUGUAGAUUAUCUUCACCAUCAAGGCCAGACACCAAUAGUACACUGUGAUCUCAAGCCAAGCAAUGUUCUUUUAGAUGAUGAAAUGACUGCACAUGUUGGUGACUUUGGGUUGGCAAAAUUCCUUGCUGCAACCACCUAUGAUGCUGCUAAUCAUACAAGCUCGAUUGGAGUAAGGGGAUCUGUCGGUUAGACUGCUCCAGAGUAUGGUAUGAGAAGUGAGGUGUCAACAAAGGGUGAUGUAUAUAGCUUCGGCAUCCUCCUUCUCGAAAUAUUCGCUAGGAAGAGACCCACCGAUGACAUGUUUAGAGAUGGUUUAAACCUUCGUGACUUUGUCAAGGCCACUUUGCCUGAGAAAGUUGAAGAGAUUGCAGCAUGUUUAGAGAUGGUUUAAACCUUCAUGACUUUGUCAAGGCCACUUUGUUUGAGAAAGUUGAAGAGAUUGCAGAUCCCGUCCUCCUCCAGGAAAAUGCAAAUGAUGAGCUUGCAAGCCCAAUCGAUACUAAUAAUCAAAGAAGCACAAGAAGCCAAAAAUUUCAAGGUUGCUUGGUUUCAAUAUUUGAAAUCGAGGUAGCUUGUUCUACAGAAUUGGCCAGUGAAAGAAUGAACAUUACUGAUGUAGUAGUUGAGUUACAUUCAGUCAGGGAUAUUUUUCGUGGGACGGGAAAACAUGUAGCAUGAAAAACUAUGAAUGCACCCCAAUCAACAGGAGAUCGAUGAUUCUUCAUGUGGAGAGCGUUCAAUUCGCAAGUUAAAUAAUUCUUCUGACCACAUAAGAAGAUCAUUUCCAUUUUCUUUGUUUCAUGUAUCUGUUUUAUGCCCCAAUGUGCAACCUUCCUUGUUUCAUUUCCAUUCUAGUACUACGAGAAUCGAUACGCAAUUACAAGUUUGUUAGUCUAUCUGAAUUAAUAAAA